AUGUGUGCGGGAGGGGGAGGCGGGCAGCUCUGGGAUGGGAAAGUAGUGAGGCGAUGGCACUCGUGCCAGGGGCUGUCUCUGGCCCGUGCCCGCCUCCCUCUCACUGCCUUGCCCCAGGUGCAGCUCAGAGCAGCUGGGAGCAGGUGACAGUAACGGUUGGGGGCUGAGCGACCACUGUGCUGCUGCUGCUGCUUCCAUGGAGGUGCCCUGGUUGCUGCUGGCCUCUGCUCUGCUUCUGCCCUCCUGCAGGGCUGCCAACCCCCUGCCCGUCCUUUCCCCACCACUGACCAUGGUGGUGUCAGGGCAGCAGCGGCGGCUGGUGGUGUGUGUGGUGAGUGAGCUGCCUGCAAGCUCCGGCCAUGCCGUCUGGAUCUCCAGUGGGAACAGCAGCGCUUUGCAGUCCUUUGCCUAUGGGGCUUCACAGGAGGAGGGUGGCACCGUCUGUGCAGUUUCCAUCCUCCCUGACAGUCCCAUGGAGCAGGAGCUCCUGGCGUGCCAUGUUGGGCCCAACAGCAGCGCUCCAGCCCAUAGCUCCAACCUCAUCCCAGUUGCAGGUACGGACAGGGGCCCUGCCUGGGACCAGGGCUGUGCCAGCAGGCAGCAGGCAUGUGGCCCUGCGGGUGAAUUUUACAAAGGGUUUUGUGGCAGCCCCCUCCUCACUGUUCCUCAUCCUGCAGGCAGCGAUGAGGAGGCAGAGCUGUGUCCCAGAACCCCCGCGGAGCCCCGCGCCUGUGCUGCCGUAGCCCUGCUGGUGGCCGCGCGGGUGGUGCUGCUGAAGGCCGCGCUCCUCGACGCCCUGCUCACCGCCCUGCUCCUGGCCCGGCGCUGAGGGACCAGGCCGGGCAGGGAGGAGUCCCCCGGAACGAGGGGCAGACCCAGUAUGGGUGAAGGUGUGGGAGCGGAGCGGAAAGGAGCCCGCGGAACGGGGGCCCGGAACAACCUCGGAGCACGGCGUGCGAUGGGACGGACAAGGACCCUCCGGCGCGGGCCCGCGGCAAGCCAGCGGAGAGGGCGGGGCUUACUCGGCGGGCAGGGCGGCGAUUGGCCGGGCG